AUGGACCUGGAUGUUCGUCAGUAUAUAACUCAGGCCACUGAGAAACAAGACUCUGAAGCUCUGCAGUCAGCCUUCAGUUUACUCACAGCAGCUAGAAGCAGCGGACGAACUAAACGAGCUGCCCCAGAAUUGUACGUCCUAUGCGCAGAAGCAUCACUACAGCUGGGUCGUUUGGAGAUAAGCGCGGCGUGUCUAAAGAUGUACUUUGAAGGGAAUCCGCCGGCUAAUCAAUUAAUGUGUCGAGCCUACCUCUGCCAGGGUCAGCACAAGUCUCAACCGACCACUGGGAGCGUGGAGGACUUUGAAGAGGCUGUGCAGUAUUUUCUUAAAGCCAUUGAAAUUUCAAAGCACAAACCAAGAUACCACUACAUGGUGUUCAAUGCCUCCGUGCUGUACUUCCAGACAGUGUGUCCUCUCCUGCAGCCGGGGCGUUGCCUCCACCUGGUUUCCUCCCUCAGGCAGGUGGUGCAAAGUCUGGAAGAAGUGGCAGACCAGGACCACAGCUGGAGGGCUGAACUCAUGAUGCACCUCAUUGAAAGUCUUGUGGACUCUGGGAAAAUGGAGGAUGCUGGAAGUUUUGCCAAAGUGACAGAAGAAUUCAUCAAGGCACAUACUCCACAUCUUUAUCCAAAACUCUUCACCUUGCUGGUACAACACCAGCUGUCAGAAAGUGAUGUCCUCCUUGAAAUGAGCAGGCAAUGUACUGCCUUAGCAAUCAUUUACAAGAUACAGCAAUUUAAAAUCGGGAUGAAGGAAAUAAAUGAGGUUGAGCUUGCAAAAAAGGAUUCGACUGAGCUUGAGGAGAUUUUCCAUCUCCUGGUGGAUUGUACAAAAGCUUCCUCCAUUCCAGAGAAUUCAACCUCUCAACAGAUUACACCCAUCAAACCAGCCGACAGAGUUGCCUUCCUCCUGGAGUUGGCUCUGCUGGCCUCGCAAGUGAAGCAUCAGAAAGUAGCUGCCGAGUGUUUGAAGGAGCUAAAGUCGGCGGGAGAGGCUACUAUCGGCCAACGCAUAAUAAUGGAGUGUAUCAACUGUGAAAUCAACCUCCUGAAGAAAGAGGCGAAGAUGAAUGAUUAUUCCAAAGCCAGUGUGGAGGCCCGGCUGAAGGAGAUAGGCAAGCUGGAUCAGUGGCUUCAGACUGCGGCGAGAGAGGAGGACCCCCGAGCCAUGCAGGCGGUGUGUGCUACCCAGUGGAGUUUCUGCCUACCCCUCUUGCAGCACAACCUCAGGAGACGCGUUAAAACACCUUUGCUCAGUGUAGCCCAAGCACUGGAAGACAUGCAAAGCAUGUUGCCGGAAAUGCGCUGUCAGAUCCACUCAGAGUUAGCAGUGAUUGAAGAGGAGGAGGGACGCCUCGAGGCUUCUUUGAUUCACCUUCAGAAAGCCAUGCUGCUGGAUAACGGGACACAGCGAGAAAGCCUGUCUUCAGCUUUCAGCCUCCUAAAGCUCAGAGAGACCCUCUACCAAACGCCCUCCCGGACCGAGGAUAAAGCUGCUAUGCUUAUGCAGCAGGCUAAGGAUAUUAAGCCUGAAGAUAAAAUAGACAGUCGUCCCAUCCUGGUGGCUGUUGGUCUACUCUUGGCUCCUGCUGAUUUCCAAAUGGUGCUGGAUGCAGACAACACCUCCAAAAUUCCCGUAGGCAGUGUUGGAUCUGGUCCAGCGGCUCAGCUCUCUGCUGAGGCUCAGCAUCACUCUACAUCUGUACAGAAGGUGGACGGACACCUGACCUUACAAGCAGAGGACACCGACAACACAGAGAGGGUGAAGUUGUGGGCAACGCUGGUGAAGACAGCCAGGAAACAGGAAGUUUGGGACGUGUGCCGAGCCGCUUGUCGAUUCUGCUUGCUUUACGAUGAUGGGAGAUGGAAGAUAUCCAAGACUGACAAGAGCAGCACAGAGUGUCUUCACAGUUGCGAUGGAGGCCAAAGCUCUGUGAGGAACAUGUUGCGCCUUUUAGCAGAAAUUCACUUCAUCAGUGCUGAGGCCACCGUCCAAAAAAUGCAAACCAAAGGGGUGCAGCUCAACAGCCCUGUCGUCCCCCAACAGGAAAAAGGGGUUUGUGUGUCUGAGGAGGAUCCACACUGGAUUAUUUACAGAGAUUGGAUCCAGGUUCUUUCUGCCUACGCCACCUCCAACUUCUUGCGAGCAGCGGAGCUCGGAGCAGAGAUCAGGGAAUCGUGGGUGGCGACAAAUGCAGCCAUUUACCUGUGGAAUUACAGCAGCCACUUGUUGGCAGCUGGAGAGCACCAGCGCCUCCUUCCCACCUUCCAAAGCCUCGUGGAUAUGCUCCGAAAGACAGAGUGCACUGGGAAUCGUGCUCUGUUUGUGCUGUUUUGCGAUGCCGUGGCCCGAGGGUUGAUCCAGCCUCUGUGUGGACCAGACAGCAUUGAGCCGGCUCCGACUGUCGACAAGGGCAAAAACAGAGCUGAGAAGGGGGUGGAAAAAGCUGCCAGUGUCCAGGGGGUUUUCUUAGACCCUGCUGCCCUGCAGGAUGUCCGCAAAGCUUUAGAGCUUUGUGAUUACACCCUUCGCAUGUCCAACUGCAACAUCGCAGGGGAGGCCGUGCCCAUCGCAGCGAGGAAACAGGUGGUGGCCACAUGGGUGCAGCUCAAAAGGCUCUUGCAACAGCAGAUUGGCUCAAAGAUGGAUACGGAUGAUGAGUGUAAGAAUGAGGAAGUGUUGGCGAUGACACGUGUGCUGGUUGGAGUGGAGAUGCUUCAGUGCAAUAGGAUCCUGAGGCAUAUGGAGUUCUCUGUUCCCAGCUUCUCCACACUGGUGAGCAUGGCGUCUGAAUGCAGCUGGAAUGACGCCGUGGUGGAGCUGCAGGUGUGGUGCCAGCUGGCUGCCUUCUGUCACAAUGCCAAGGACCACAGCUUGGUGUUGUGCUGCACCAAGAACGCUCUGCAGCUGGAAGAAGUAGCAGCAAAGUGCCUCAGCACCAUGCCUUGUGUUUUGUAUGGCUCGCCUGCAGUGAAUGAGAUGCUGAGCAGUGCAGCCUGUUUGAGGGGUUUGAGCUUAAUCCACGAGUCCAGUGGAGAUCUGCACAGUUACAGAGAGGCUAUGAACAUGCUUCUGUCCAGUGUUAGCUAUGCAGAGAAGGCUGAGAAUCCAGCAUUAUGCGUCACAGCUGCCAGGCAUUACUGGAACACUUGUCUACCUCUGACGCGCACUUCUGAGGAAAGAAUGCAGCUUAAAGAGCCCCUGGAGAAGAUCCUGAACGCCCUGAUCCAUACUAACACCAAACAUGCAAAUGGAAAAGUGAAAGGCUUGCUGACCUCGACCACACCUCCUCUUGGGAGUUCAAAAGUUGAAGCAUCAAUAGAUGAAGAUGACCUGACCCUGAAAGCAGCAAUUUACAGUUCGUUGCUCCACAUCCGAAUUGAUAGAGCAGACUGGAAGGGUGCACUUCAGCUGCUGGAUAAAGCUAUUAGAGACAUGCCUUGUACCAGACAUUGUCUACCUCUACUGAAGCAUCGUAUACAGGUGAAGGCACGACUAGGGGAAAGCAUACUGCUGGACAUGCAGAAGUUACAACAUGAAGGAGAGCAGUGCUGUUCAGUCAUGUGGCACCGGGCGGCACUGUGUGCUGGCAAUAUAAACCAACAGCUGACCUAUUACCAGAAUUCUAUCACCUCUCUCUUGAGUGCAGAGACUCAGUGGCAGAAGGUCAGCCUCCUGCUGGAGUUCGGAGAGUGGCUGUACUGUCACAACUUCCCCAAAGCAAAUGCCCAGCACCAGGUUCAGUGGGCCAUAGACAUCCUGCUCCAAGUGGAAACAAAACAGGCAGAAGGUACAGAGGAAGAGUCAAAGAAGAGGAAUACGAAAUCUGAGACUCUGAUAGGAGUCCAGGGAUUGUCAUUCACAGAAAAUGUGUCUAAUCUGAGGGAGAUGCGGCGCCUUGACAGCUUGGUACGAGCACACACUCUGCUCGCUGUCAUGGCAAACAGGUCUUCACCUGAGCACCAGCUUAACCUGCUCAGAGCCUAUACUUUUGUACUCCUAAUAUGGCAGGUGUCCAUGGCAGUGGUUUGUGAGAUUUCCAGUGAGUUGGCAAAGAGUCAGCCACCCAAACCUCCUCCUUCUGCUGAGUCCAAAAAGGGCAAAGACAAGGGCAAAGGCAAAAAAGGGAAAGAUCCUCCACCUGCUGAGGAGAAACCUAAACCUGUUGUCCUGGAUCAGGCACUUCCUUCCACCCCAGAGGCCUGGGCUCGCUACAUCUGUCCUGAUCAGGCCAGGCAGAUAUUCAGAACCAACAGUAACCCCCAGUGUAUUAAUACACACAGCAUUACAAAGCAGACCCAGAGCCUUUUUUAUCUUAACCUGCUGGAGAAGGAGCUCCUCUCGCUGUCACUCGGUCACCUGACGCUGCCCAUACUGCACCUCGCAGAGGUCUUUGCUCAUGAUCUUUUGGAUAGGAGGAGCCUCUCUGACCUUUACCGACUCAGAAUUGUGAGGACCUGCCAUCUGCUGUGCGUGGAGACUCAUUCACCAUAUCACGAGAAGCUCCUGAAUUUGAGUGGAAUCCAAGAACAAGAACAAAUGGGCUCAGAAAACAAUGAGUUGUCCAUAACCUUGGUGAUUUUCCAGAGAGCUGAAACAGAUGAAAAGGCCGGGUCUUGGCAGCAGAGUGCGGAUGUGUGUGCUCAGGACAUUUGGCUGGACAAAGCCGAGGUUUGCCUCAGCAUGGGGCUCUAUCAACCAGCCAGGCAGCUCCUGGCAGAGGCCCAUUCAGUGGCUGUGGAGCUAGGAGACCAGAUUGCCAUGGCAAAAAGUUUGCUCAGUAUGGCCACUCUGGCUUGUGAGGAGCAGAACCAUGCCCAGGCUCUGAUCCUACUGGACAAGGCCCAAGCCCUGGGAGGGGAUGAGGAGUUCUGGUACCAACUCACCCUCACCAAGGUCAGAAUAGUAGUAAGCCAGAAAGACCAGGAUGCACAAACUAAGAUUGAUCAGAUUAUAAAACAAGGCUGUGGGGCUCUGAAGGUGAAUCUGGAGCAGCGGUUGAACAGACUCCCAGAACUCACAUUCUUGAUCACGUCAUUAGAGAUGAGGGGUGCCAUUGAAUGCAUACGUGCCACUGAUAGCAUUGAACCUGGACAAAGACACUGCACAAAGGCUGUCCAAAGGUUAAUAGCUGCCUGUGAUAAACUCAGACAGUGUGCCAGCGGUUUCACUAAACUCAACUACAGAGAACAGGCUGCACAGAGUAAUGCAGAGUGCGCACAUGGUCUAAGACUCCUAGCCAACCUUACUACUGAUACACAGAAGAAAUGGCGCUUCCUGCUCGAUGGCCUCUCCAACAUGCAGUUUGCGAUCACGGAGCAGGAACAUGUGGUGCUGAAUGCUCAGAGCCUGCUGCUCGCUAAGGAGGAGAGUCGUGGACUUUUACUUUUGUCUAAGCGGAAGCUGCUGCGCCUUCGACUGGCCCUGGCAGAAUUUUGCCUGGCGAUGCUGGAGGAGCAAUGUGAAGAGGAGAAAAAACAAGCUCUGGCCCAGGAGAGGAAGACUUCUGCUGAGAUAGCCCUAGACGAGUUUACACGCUGCACACCUGAGCCCAACUCUGUAGAACAGGAGUGGUUGAGUGUGAGCAGUACCUUGGGGCAGGUGGCUCUGGGCCAGCUGGCUGCAGUCAGCUCUCAGUCCCAGGACAACACUGAGACCAGAGCUCGCGGUCUGGCUUUAAUAGGGAAGAGCCUGAGACUGCUGGCUGCACGGGAGGACCCUAUUUAUAUGUGUGCUCUCUGGGACAGAGGUAGACAGGUAGCCAACACAAAUGUUCAUAUAAUACUCAAAGACAAAGACAGAGAAACAAGCAGAAAAGAGCCAAGGAUGACCUCUGCCAAAAGGGCUGAGCCGCAGCGAAGGAGACAUAAAGCUCAGCAGUUGUUGGCCCAGGCCAGGAAGGCACUGGCUGAAGCUGUCCGCCUAUGUCUCCAGCACAAGCUUCCCACCUCCAUCCUCGCUGAUGCCUGUCUCAACAUGUUGUACUGUCAUGGCCAUUUGGAUCCUGGAGUGUCUGGUCAAUAUCUCGCCCUGUUUCAGAGCUGCUGCACUGUUGCUGUAAUGACUGAGGUCCUAAGUUCUGCCUGCGCUGACACCAGUGUGUCCCAGCUCUCCGCUCUGUUCAGCCUCUACAGAAAACUGCUCCUCUCUGAGGAGGAGAGGCCCAGCAGCAUGGUGAAGGGAGUGGAGGACUCCCUCAACAGUUUCUCCAAGGCCUUCAGCCAACUGACCAUCAAUCCCAACCACCUAAACAUCCUUCCAGAGCUUCCGCCCAACCUGAAAAUCCUGUUGCUUCAGCACUCUGAGGAUGGGUCAAAACUUUAUGGAGCUUUCUAUGAGAUGGCCAAAGCUCCAGAAAAUCAAAAAGGAAAGACUAUGCAAGUUACAGGUACCCUGAUAUGCUCUAGGGUGGCCAAGGUUUUAGUUUGCCCCAGGGCUCUUCUGGCUCUUCGGGAGCAGGUUCGGGCCUUUGGCCUGGAGACCAGACAUGCCUUCCUCAAGGAAGCCUGUUGGCACAGUACUGAGGGCAGGCAGGAGGCCCCCAAUGAGCAUCAGAAAACUGCUGCAGAAAGAAAGUUAGAACCUCACUUCAGAGAAAUUGUACAUGAUAUGGAAGACUAUCUGAAUCCCCUUCUCAUGCAGUUAGACCUUUCUUGCUCAAGGCCCCAGGCUGCAUCAGUACCAGUCCCUGAGAUGGCCAAAACCAAAGAUAAAGAAGAGAAAGGCAGCUCAGUACAAAUGGAACCAGGGGAGUUUGUGGUGUUACUGGCAGACAGAAAGCUGCUGGAGUUGCCUCUGGAAGCUUUGCCCUUCCUGCAGGAGGAAAGCCUGAGCUCUGUGUCCCGGGACUUCUCUCUCCAGCUUCUUCAUAGCCGCCUACACAGAGAAGAGCCAGAGAAAGUUGAAAGUGACAACAAAAAGGAGACCAAAGGUGGCAAAGGAACUAAGGGGAAAGGAGAUCAAAGCCAAGCCAUCAAAGUGAUACCUGCCAAUCGUGUCUUGCCCCCUAACACCUUCCCAGUGGACACACGUAACAUCAAAUAUAUUGUCGACCCUUACAAUGAAGGUAACUUUGAGGGGACCAGUCUGUGCGAGAAGAUGAAGGACAUUUUGGAAACCAACAGCCAGCAUUUUACCCAUCAGUUGGAGGGCAUCAUGGGCAGCAAGCAAACACCCAGUCUGUCUGAGAUAGAGCAGCUGUUGUGCAGAUGUGGUGGCUUCAUUUACCUGGGGACAGAGCGCUUCAUGGCGAUCAUUCCUCCUGCCAAACUAGCAGCCCUCAAUCUGUCUGAGUGUCACAUGGCUCUGCUCUUUGACCUGGUCCAGAACAAUGAGAGUGUUCUCCGCCAGUCAAACCUUGACAUGCACAAGAGUGCUGGACAGUUUGCCCUGGAGAAACCUCUGGAGACUGCUCUGCUGUUGAGUUUGGAUGGUGUGAGCUGUGUUGUCCUCAACCAGUGGCACAGCAGCUUUGAACAGAACACACGCAAUGUGGCCACUUUUCUGGACAAUCUCCUGAGGGAAAGACAGACCUCUGGCCAGACACUGCAUGUCUUGAGAAAAGGGAACUUUCACAGUUCAGAGAUACCACAUCCUAAUGAUCAAAUGCUCCUCAUUGAAGAUGAUGAUUUUCAACACAAAACAACUCUUACACCAUCAGCUUUCAACUGUAUACUUUAUGGACUCGCUAAUUUAAUUGUCACAUAA